CCCGCCGCCUAUCGUCCUUCUUGACUUCACGCUCCACCCUCACGACAUCACGCCGCCAACGCCGCUGCCAUCAUGGCCUCAACUUCUCAACAACAACAAGAACAGCAGCCACCGGGUCUCACACCCGACCAAGUAUCCCUCUUCACAUGCCUCAGCGCAUACACCGACGCACUCGAUGCCCUGCCCCUCGACCUCACUCGCUCCUUCUCUGACCUCCGCGAGCUCGAUGCCGUCUUGGGUCCACACGUCGCCUCCCUCGUCGCGAGGAUCCACCAGCUCACAGAUGUAGUGACGUCGGCAAGUCGAGGACAGCUGCAUCAGGGAGCUGAGAUUAGUGCAGGGCAGCGACUGCUGCUGCUCAAGGAAUGCGCCGAAGAGGCCAGAGCAUACAAGAUGGGCGGAGAAGACAAGAUUCGUGUCGCCCUCAACACAUGCGAGACAAUUCUCUCUCACACAGACUAUAUAGACGCUAUCCUGGACCAGCUCUCCUCCCUCCCCGAAAUUGCCGCCAUCCUCGAGCCCUCAGGCGGCAAGCGAUCUCACGUCGCCGGCGAGCUGAGUGACGGCACUCCCAUCACCCUCGCCAGUGCCAAUGCUGCCACUUUAAUGGCUGGAGGAUCGGGCAUUUUCGCCAACACUGGGAGCCAGGCUGUAGCCGCUGCGGCUGCCGUUGCGGCCUUGAGCGCGGGCAAUGCGAGCAUGGCGACCUUGGCUGCGCAAGACGGCCUCAGCGGUGUCACUGUGCCUACGGGAAAGAAGAGCAUCGGUACAGGGGCUGGAGCUGCAGCCAAGAGGAAGACGGACGCGGCUGCAGCGGGAGGAGCAGCAUCAGCUACAGCUUCAUCGUCCAAGGCAGGUGCAGGGGGGGCUGGCUCAGGUGCAGUCAAGAAGCGUAAGACGGCUGGCGAUGCGGAUGGAAGCAAGAAGGGAAGCGCCGCUACUGGAGCAGCCUCUUCAUCGUCUGGCGCAGCAUCUCGCAAGAAGGCUUCAGCUGCAGCAGGUUCACCUGGCUCACCGGCGCUGGGAGGCAAGCGUGCCGCAGACGACGAUCGAGCCUCCUCCGCCGCCUCGUCUCGCGCAGCUCGAGCUGCCUCCGAACUCGAAGAGGUCCGUUCAUCUGGCACUCGCUCUAGACCGGCUAGAGCACCUCGUGCUACGGGCGGAAGCGGGUUGCGACGUCGCCUUGAUGAUGGCGACGAGGACGGCGAUGAUGGCGGGGACGAAGGAGAUGGACGUGGCCACAGCGAUGAAGCAGGUGAAGACGGACGCGGCGAAGGCAGCAGCAGCGCUCUCGGCCUCAGCAUGGGCGAUAAAGAUGAAGACUCACCAGGCCCGGCAGGUCGUCGCUUUGACUCUCCUCGCUCUUCUCACCAAGGCGGCACUGGACGCAACCGCAAGGAUGACGCCAAGGGACGACGUGGUCGCGCAACCAAGGGCGAAGGUGACGAUGACGCUGACGAUGGGGCUUCAUAUGCUGGCAGCAUGGCGAUGAGCCAAUCGGCCUCACAGCUACACCACAGCCUCUCUGGCCACGACAGCACUCUGACCUCAGCAGCUUCCGACCGAGGACUUGGAGGCAGUGCUGGCGACGGAAGCGGUGCAGGCGAAGUGGACGAACGACGCUACUGCUUCUGUGAGAACGUCUCGUACGGCGACAUGAUUGGUUGCGACGACGAUGGAUGUACGCGCGAGUGGUUCCACCUCGAGUGCGUAGGGUUGAAGGAGCCACCUAGUGGGACGUGGUAUUGUGAUGAUUGCCUCGAGAGGCGGGGCAAGAGGCGAGGGGGUAAAGCAAAGGUGGUCAGAAGUGAAGGCAAGUGGGGCGGUGGGGGUCAUGAGGUCAGCGGUGGGAAUGGCAAGUCGAGCAAGGGUGGUAGGCGAUGAGGCAUGGCGUGGCGUGGCGCGGCGCGCAGACACAUGGUGAAUUUUGAGCAAUGCAUGCAGCGCAGCGUUAGGUGACAUGUCUUUACUUCCUGCGCCCUCCCUUCUUGGCUGCUGCUGCGUUGGACUUCUUAACAGCGCUGCUCUUUGCACUCGAUGCGUCCUCUGGCAUAGCCGGUUGAGAUGCGGGAUCCUGACCCUUUCUACCACCCGAAACGAGAU